AUGUCUAACCAGGCCUCUGCCGCCGACGCCGACUACUAUCCCCAGGGGCUCUGGGACACGGCGUUCCUGCUCAUCCUGCUGCUGCUGGGGCUCCCGGCCAACGGGCUCAUGGCGUGGCUCACCGGGGUCCGGGCCCGGCGCGGGGGGCCUCCCGUCUUCUUGCUCAGCCUGGCCCUCUCCGACGCCCUCUUCCUGGCCGACGCCGCCUUUCAGAUCGUGGAGAUCCAGCUGCGGGGCCGCUGGCCGCUGGGCACCGCCGCCUGUCGCCUGUACUACUUCCUGGGGGCCGUGGCCUACGCCUCGGGCCUCCUGCUGCUGACCGCCCUGAGCCUGGACCGGUGUCUCCUGGCGUUCUGUCCCCGCUGGUAUCCCGCCCGGCGGCCGGCCCGCCUGCCUCAGUGGGCCUCCGCCGCGGCCUGGGUGCUGGCCGCCGUGGGCAGCGGGCCCUGGCUGGUCCUGCCCGAGGCCGGGCUCUGGUGGUACGAACUCGUCAUCUGCCUGGACGUGUGGGAAGCCGACGAGAGGCCCCUGCGGGCGCUGGAGGUGCUGGGCGGCCUGGUGCCCUUCCUGCUCCUGCUGGGCUCCCACGCCCUGACCCAGGCCCGGGCCUGCCGCCGCCCCCGGCCCCCGGCCCCGCCGGGCCCGCCCGGUUCCUCCCGGGUCGCCGCCGCCGCCCUCUCCGCCUACGUGGUCCUGCGGCUGCCCUACCAGCUGGCUCAGCUGCUCUACCUGGCCUACCUGUGGGACCUCUACCCGGGCUACUACCUGUGGGAAGCGCUGGUCUACUCUGACUACCUGGGCCUCCUCAACAGCUGCCUCAACCCCUUCCUGUGCCUCCUGGCCGGUUCGGACCCCGGCCCGCUCCUGCGCUCCCUCCUCUCGGCCUUCACCGCCACCCUGGUGGAGACGCGGCCCCCGGCCGCCGGGCCCGCGGUCCCCUCCCCUCAGCCGAGCCCGGCGGCCGGGGGCCCCGGUCCCCCCGGGGAGCCGGCUGCUGAUCCCGGGGGGGACCCCCAGUCCGCCCCCGGCGCGGGAGCGCCGGCCCCAGCGGAGGAGGGGGAGGAGGGUCCUGGGGAGCGCUCAUCUGGGGUGGCCGCCGCUCAGGGGCCUCCUUGA